AUGGCACAACAGUGGGACGACUGGGCAAUGCUGAACUGGAUCCAUAUCGCUUCCAACAAUCAUGACCAGACUGCAAUGGUGACUUUCCAAGUCACGGAAACGCUGCUGGGAGGAAUCACUGAGGAGCCGUCGAUGGAGCUUGGGCCGCAGGCUGUUGCGGCGAAUGCUAGUCCCCAACUUGCUGACUUCGACCCAGAAUACCUGCCGGGGUUGAGUGGUGCGACGGUGGCCUUCAUGAAGACGCAAGAAGCCAGACAUUGGGUCUACAGGUUCAUGGAAGGGCUAGCCACCGAUGCCAUGAUCCAGAAUCGAUUUGGGGCGGAAGUUGCGGAGAUUUUCCACAUGUGGGUAGCUGUGAGAGAUAAUGUGGACAUGGAAGUACGUAAUUGCCUAGCAGCAGGUGGUGACUUGGCACCAGUGGCAUCCGCGGUGGGAGAAGAAGCUGCUGCUGAGUCCGAUAAGUCAACGGUGAUGGUGGAUGGUGAUGGAGGGGUGAAGCUGGGGCUACUCGUGAAGAUGAUGGAAGUGAAGGGUCUUCUGCUGCAAGCCAUGCUGAGAAUAUGGAAAGAUGCCCUGGCGCGGAUUGUGCUGGAACAAAUGGAGUUGCUGCCGGUGCAGAAAUUGCUGGCGGAGUUGUUCGAGACGCUGCAGGCCCCAGGUAUCGCCGGAGAAAGGGAUUAUCGAGUACCUGAGGGAGAUCUUAAUGCUGAGAACUAUGCGGGUGUCAUGUCUGAGGCAAACGACCUUGGCAAUGAGCAUGCGCAGAUGGAGGAAAACUGCAUUCCCGCAAGGUGGAGCGAG